CUCUCCCACCUCUCUUCUUAAGGGCCUCUUCUCUCUUAUAGUUAGGCCAUGGAAAUAGAGCAAGACAUUGCUGUGGCCCCCUGCAGUGGAGGCAGAAGUACUGAGAGAGGACUGUAUCUGGUGUGGGAAGAUUUAGCUGUGGUAGUUCCAAACUUCGGCAAGGGACAUACCAAGAGGCUGCUUGAUAGGUUGAGUGGAUAUGCUGAGCCUAACAGAAUCAUGGCCAUCAUGGGACCUUCUGGUUCUGGCAAAUCCACUCUUCUUGAUGCUUUGGCAGGUAGGCUUCCUGGAAAUGUUGUCAUGACUGGGAAUGUGCUAGUAAAUGGAAAGAAGAGAGGAGACCAUGGAGUUAAAGCUUAUGUGACCCAAGAAGACAUAUUGUUGGGAACACUAACAGUGAGGGAAACAAUAUCUUACUCAGCAAAACUAAGACUUCCAAGCACCAUGACAAAAGAAGAGGUGAAUGACAUAGUGGAGGGAACAAUUCUGGAACUGGGUCUUGAACAAUGUGCUGAUAGGCCAAUCGGGAAUUGGCAUUUAAGAGGUAUAAGUGGUGGGGAAAAGAAAAGACUAAGCAUAGCACUUGAGAUCCUCACAAGACCUUCCCUCUUGUUUCUUGAUGAACCUACCAGUGGGCUAGAUAGUGCCUCGGCAUUUUUUGUUGUUCAAACCCUGAGAAAUAUUGCUCAUGAUGGAAAAACUGUUAUCUCCUCCAUUCAUCAACCAAGCAGUGAGGUCUUUGCACUCUUUGAUGAUCUUUUCUUGCUCUCUGGUGGUCAAACUGUGUUUUUUGGAGCAGCCAAAAUGGCAGUUGAGUUCUUUGCCAAAGCAGGAUUUCCAUGUCCAAGUAGAAGAAAUCCAUCAGAUCACUUCCUUCGUUGUAUUAAUGCAGAUUUUGACAGAAUCACAAUGACCAUGAUGGCAUCUCAGAAAAUACCUGAACAAGAUAAUCUAUCAACUGGAGAAAUCAAAGAAAUACUUGUUGAGAAAUACCAAUGGUCAGAAUAUGCUGCCACAGCAAGAUCAAGAAUAAAAGAAAUCUCAAAAACUGGACAAAAAGAGAGUGAAAGUAAAAGCAAGGACCAAGCCAAAUGGUGGAAGCAGCUGUCAACAUUGACUCAGAGAUCUUUUGUGAACAUGUGUAGAGAUGCUGGAUACUACUGGAUAAGGAUAAUAAUCUACGUGGGCUUAUCUUUGUGUGUUGGAACUGUCUUUUUCGAUGUUGGAACAAGUUAUAGGGCAAUUUUCGCCAGAGGAUCUUGUGGUGCAUUCAUAUCUGGUUUCAUGACAUUCAUGUCCAUUGGAGGCUUCCCAUCUUUCAUAGAAGAGAUGAAGGUGUUUAAGAAAGAAAGGCUCAAUGGUUAUUACGGCAAUGCAGUCUAUGUUCUGUCAAACUUUCUGUCUUCUCUUCCUUUUGUGUUCGCCAUGUCUUUCGCUACUGGGAUUAUAACCUUCUAUAUGGUUAAGCUUCAUCCUGGCUUUUCUCUUCUUCUGUAUGGAUGCAUCGAUCUUUGUUGCUGUAUUGCUGUUGUGGAGACUGCAAUGAUGAUUAUAGCUUCACUCGUUCCUAACUUCCUAAUGGGAGUCAUAGUUGGAGCAGGAUAUGUUGGUGUCAUGAUGAUGACUUCUGGAUACUUCCGUCUACGUCCUGACCUUCCCAAAGUCUUCUGGCGUUAUCCAAUCUUAUACCUCAAUUUUGGAGCUUGGGGAUUACAGGGUGCUUACAAGAACGACAUGAUGGGGUUGGAGUUUGAUGGAAUGAAUCCUGGAGACCCAAAAAUAAAAGGAGAAUUCAUCCUGAGAACCGUGCUUGGCCUUCAAGUUGAUCAUUCAAAAUGGUGGGACUUAGCUGCAGUGGCACUCAUUCUCAUAUCCUUCAGACUUUUUCUCUUCCUCCUUUUAAAGUUCAGAGAGUUCUCUUCACCUCUGCUUCGUGAAAUCUACACAAAGCAGACUCUGCAACGCAUCAAGAAGCGUCCUUCUUUCAGAAAAGCUGCAUCAUCUUUGUCCUUCCCUUCCAAGAGACACCAGCAUCCCUUGUCUUCUCAAGAAGGUCUCACCUCCCCAAUUCAUUAGAUGCAUCAACAAUCCUUAAUCACUAUCACGCUAAAUCAGAAAUGGACCAUCUCAACUUCUUCACAUAUAUAUAUAUAUAUGUGUGUGUGUGUGUGUGUGUGUGUGUAUAUGUAUAUGUCUGUGUUGCUGUGUUUUAAUUUCCUUUUGAGGAGAAAAUAUGAAGGAGAGAAAAGUAAAGAAAAAAGACAUUUUCCCUCAUUUGCAUAAAGUUUUUCUUUUAGUUUCCCCCUCUUUAUCGGUGGAAAUUUGGAGAAAACAUGGCUGAAAAAUGUCCUUUUCUUCUAGUUUUUUGUCUCUUAUUUUUCUCUCCUAUAUUUUCUUCCCUAAAGUUAACAAUAGCGAUUAUACUUUGUACCCCAAUAUUAUAAAAGUGGGUAAUACAGGUUGUAGUAGUUACAUUCAGAAA